AUCCUCCCUCCUCGCACCACUCCACUGCAAAGGCGGAGCAGUUCCACUGCCGCUCACCACGCACGACCGAUCGCCAUGGCCGGCGGCAACCUCAAGAACUUGGUCAUCGCCUUCCUCGUCCCGCUCCCCUCCAUCCUCUUCUACCUCUCCUUCGUCCGUCCCGGCGGCAAUGCCGACGCCGGCCCGCUCUCCUCGUGGUGCGCCGAGCACCCGCUCCUCCUCGCCAACGUCCUCUUCUUCCUCAACGUCAAUGUCCUCUUCUGGCUCGUCGGCCUCCUCCUCUCCAACCACUGGCUCAUCGACCUGUACUGGACCGUCAUCCCGGUGAUGCUGCUGCACUACUACCGGGGCCACCCGGCGUCCGUGACGGAUGCAGUGAGGUCAGCAGUGGUCGUAGCGCUCACCUGGGUGUGGAGCGCCAGGCUCACGCACAACUACCUGCGCCGCGAGGGUUGGGAGUUUGGCAAGAGGGAGGACUGGAGGUUCAAUGAGAUGCGGGGACAGUACGGCAAGACCUGGUGGUGGAUGUCAUUCUUUGCCGUCUACCUCUCCCAGCAGGUGUUCCUGAUCAGCAUCUGCCUGCCCAUGUACGCAAUCCACUCCAGCAACCAGCCAUGGGGCAUUUGGGACGUCGUGGCCACAGCCGCCUGCAUUGCCGGAAUUGUCAUCGCUCACUUCGCCGAUACCCAGCUUCACAAGUUCGUGACCAAGAACGAGAAGCUGAAGCAGCUGGGCGAGCCAACUGUCCCCACCCUCGAGGACGGCCUGUGGUGGUACUCGCGCCACCCCAACUACUUCGGCGAGCAGCUCUGGUGGUGGGGCCUGUAUCUCUUUGCCUGGAACCUGGGCCAGCAAUGGAUGUUCGUGGGGCCCCUCGUUAACACCCUUUGCCUUGGCUAUGUCACCGUGCUCGUGGAGAGGCGCAUGCUGAAGCAGGAGCACCGAGCUGAGGCCUACAAGCUGUACCAGAAGAGGACCUCUGUGUGGAUCCCCUGGUUCAGGAAGUCUGUCCCAGAACUGAAGCAGAAGGAGACCUAAUCUCAUGUUGUAGUUUACUAUUUGGGUCUUUGCCCCUUGUCCAGGUUGUUCACCAUGCUGUUGUUCCAUCCUGUAAUGUCGAGUACUUGUCGUUUCAUCCCUUUGUGCAAUUAACUGUGCAUGAACUGUACUAGCUUGUAUCAUGAUCACCUGUUUAAGGUGUAAAUUAAUAAUAAUGUAUCUACAAUGAUCUGCCUAA